GUGUCUGCACGGCCACCGCGCGAGUCCCUCGGCCGCGGUUUCCCGCGCCACCUGGGACAGGUGAGGUAAAAGGGCAGGCCACCGCUGAGGCGAGCGACGGUCAGCAAAAAGACUUUUAAAGGACAUUCGAUUCGGGUCACUUACGGAAGAAAAAAAAUGUCUCAAAAACAGAUGAAGGAGGCUUUUGUCAGUAACCUCAAUGGAACUAGCGUGCUGGAAGUGACCCAGGGCUUAUGCUUUCCUGCAUUCUGUAUCCUGUGUAGAGGGCUCCUGAUCAUUUUCUCACAGCAGUUGUGUUCUUUUUCACAUAACUGGAAAAUUCGAUUCUUCACUGACUUUGUUGUCUUAAUAGUUCCCUUGGUGACCACUUUGACUGUUUUGUCUUCAUUUAUCUUCCUGGAGCAUCUCAUUGUAAUUAUUUGUGGGGCAGGGCUGUUCUAUCAAAUAUACCAGAGGAGGACUUGCUAUGCUAGAGUGCCUGUCCAGAAAAUCCUUGAAAAAUUCUUGAAAAUCAGUCUAGAAUCAGAAUACAAUCCAGCCAUCUCCGGUUAUCGUGUAAUUAACAGUGCAUUUACAGCUGUUGCUAUUUUGGCUGUGGACUUUCCACUUUUCCCCAGGAAAUUUGCCAAAACUGAGCUGUAUGGAACAGGGGCAAUGGAUUUUGGAGUAGGUGGAUUUGUUUUUGGGACUGCAAUGGUUUGUCUAGAGGUCAGAAGAAAAUAUUUGGAAGGAUCCAGACUUAAUUAUCUUAGAAAAUCAUUGUACUCUGUUGGGCCAUUACUCUUCCUAGGAAUAGCACGAUUAGUCACCAUAAAAUCCAUAGGCUAUCAGGAACACGUAAGUGAGUACGGCGUUCACUGGAACUUUUUCUUUACCAUAGUGGUUGUGAAAUUGAUAGCAGCACUGCUUUUGAUUAUUUUCCCCCUAAAUAAAUCCUGGAUUGUGGCCAUUAGCAUUACUGUGUUAUACCAGCUAACCCUUGACUUUACUCCGCUAAAGAGUUUAAUUUUGUAUGGCACUGAUGGUAGGGGUACAAGGGUUGGUUUAUUAAAUGCCAACCGAGAAGGAAUAAUCUCUACUUUGGGUUAUGUGGCAAUACACAUGGCUGGAGUGCAAACAGGGUUAUAUGUGCUUAAGAAGAGAACAUAUAUCAAAGACUGGAUAAAGGUAAUGUGUUGUCUUCUAUUAGCAGGUAUUAGCCUCUUCAUAUCUCUCCAUAUAGUUCAAGUAAAUGUAGAAGCAGUAUCUCGAAGAAUGGCCAAUUUAGCCUUUUGUAUAUGGAUAGUUGCUUCUAGCUUGAGCCUUCUUAGUUGUUUAUUACUGAGUGAUAUAAUUUUGAGUUUUGCUAAAUUUCUAACUAAAGGGACUCUAGUAUCAUGUUCUUGGAAACUUAUUGAGUCACCUGCUACAAAUAAAAAGCAUUCUGAGUCUCUGGUCUCUGAAGCUGAAAAAAAGGAAGCCAGACUUUGUUUAAUCACAGCUCUGAACAGAAACCAGCUAACUUUUUUCUUGCUAUCAAAUAUUACAACUGGCCUGAUUAACAUGAUGGUGGAUACAUUACACAGCAGUACUUCAUGGGCCUUAUUUGUGCUCAGUAGCUAUAUAUUUAUCAACUGUUUAGUUAUAUAUGUACUUAAUUUGCAAGGUAAAAUUAUAAAAUUUUGGUGAUCAAUAGGGGUAGGCUAUAUCUAGAUUUGGCAACAUUAUUUUAAUGGGGAAGAACAGAUAAAUGUGAAGAAAAUGUUUUUAGCAACCCAGUCCUAAGCAUAUUUUAUUAUUAGUCAAUCUCCUAUACCAAUCAUGAUGCUUUUUUUUUGAAAUGGGUUCUUUUUCCCACUCUGCCUGACUGCUUCAUGUUAAUGUAUCUCAACAUUGUAUUAAAAAAAACCAAUAGAGAAGAAAGAGCUUUGUUACUUGUUAGAAUUUAUUAAAUUUAUUUUAAAGAAAUUGUUCACAGUUUUGAUAUUGGAAGAUUUGUAAAGUGGAGAGGAUUUUUACUUGCCAUCUUAU